ACUGCAAAACUGAGUUCCUUUAAAUCACGGCUAGAAACCCAGUUUGUUUAACUUCCUUUGGUUAAUAAUAAGAGGAAAAUUGAUUAAUUUUAGUCUGGAUUACAACUUUUCUUUACUUUAAAAACUUUAUUGUGCCAAUGUAAUGUAAACAUCGUUUUUUGCUUGUUUAUUGUUAUGUUUUAUCACUUUGAACUUCGUUGUUGCUGAAAACGCCACAGAAACAAACACUCCUGGCCGAUAGGUGGCAGUAAUGAACCAACAGGAACGGAAGGGAUCAGAAGGGUUUAAAACAAAACAGUUGGUACUAAUCAGCUCUUCAGGAACUCGGUUUAUCCAUCAUGUCUCCUCUUUGACUCUGGUUUUAUUUGCCUCCUUCAUUUACGGUCAUUUCCUCCGUUUUAGCUGCAACAGACCAGUUAGAGACCAGUUAGAGACCAGUUAGCCUCCAUGCUAACCGAGAAGCGAAGGAAAGCAGCUUCCUCUGGAGAACAGCUCUAAACGGUCUCAGGCGAAGAGUGUUGGACAUUUAUUGGACGCUUCUCUGUUCCCAGCUGUUUUUCAGAAGAAUAAAAACAAGUUAAUAAGGCCUUCCACAGCAUCAUGUCCAUCACUACAUGGGAGGUUCUGGCUGAUAAUCUUCUAAUAACGAAAGAAAGGAACUCAAUAGUUGAUCACAAGAUUUCAAAUCCUGUAGAAAUAAAACAGGAACCGGGAGAAACGGAUCCACAACAGAUCACUGAGACGAAAGAGGAACCAGAACCUCUGUCAAUUAAAGAAGAACCGACUGAACUGGGGAUCUUUCAGGAUGAUGGGCAGCUUUUACCGAAGCAGGAGAGCAACACCUCUACGGUGAUUCCUGCUGAUGAGAAAAUAUUCCAUAAUGAGAAAGAACUGGAGCAGAUGAUGGAGACAAAGGAGGAACCAGAACUUAUACAGAUUAAAGAGGAGCAGGAAGAUUUCUGUAGUGAUCAGGAUGGGAAGCAGAUUGUACUAAAACAGGAACCUGUUGAGCUAAGGGACAGCAGUGAACCAGAACCAAACAAGAACCAGAACCUCUCUGGGAUCCAUCCUGAAGAUGCGAACCGUCAUGAACAAGGAAGCAAACAGGAAGACUCAGGACCCAGUAAAGAUAUCGAUCUGGAGCUUCUGGACUUUCGAAAUCACAGGGACAAUGUGGAUAGUUCAGAACCAGAACAUCAUAAAAAUGUUCCUUUUUGUGAAAUAUGUGGCAAAUCCUUCACAAGACGUAAAUACUUGAUGUCUCACAUGCAAACUCAUACAGGAGAGAAGCCAUAUCCCUGUACACUCUGUGAUAAAUCAUAUAAGCGGAGUAGCGAGUUAGCACGUCACAUAAAGGUUCACACAGGUGACAAACCCUACCCUUGUGAAUUGUGCAGUAAAUCUUUCAGACAGAGCAGUGAGUUAGCGGGUCACAUGAGAACCCAUACAGGUGAGAAGCUGCAUAUGUGUAAGGUGUGUGGUAAAUCUUUCAGUGGCAGCAGUAGCAUGGCUCGGCACAUGAGAACUCACACUAGAGAGAAACCAUUUGCUUGCAAAGUGUGUGGUAAGUCUUUUGCUUUUAUUAGUCGUUUGAAUGUUCACACAAGAAUCCACACAGGAGAAAGACCAUAUUCUUGUGAAGUCUGUGGGAAGUCCUUCGGGAAAAACUGUCAUUUAACUAUUCAUAUGAGAACGCACACAGGCGAGAAGCCAUAUUCCUGUGAAGUUUGCGGUAAAUCGUUUAGUGAAUGUAGCAGAGUGACCAGACAUAUGAGGAGUCAUACACAUGAGAAGCCGUAUGCUUGCAAAGUUUGUGGUAACUCCUUCCGGUACGGCAGCAAUUUGACUGAACACAUGAUAACUCAUACAGGCGAAACGCCCUACUCCUGUAAGGUGUGUGGUAAAUCCUUUACUGAAUGUGGUAGCAUGGGUAGACAUAUGAGAACUCACAAAGCAGAGGAGAGAUAUUUUUCACCUGAAGCAGAAUAGUCAACACAUGGGCACGUGCUUUUGAGACUGUCAUAGUUGCACAUCUUUCAUACACUGUGCAGACCGCAGUUUGACCCGGGCCUGAAAGGCCACAAUGUAAGAUGGUUGACACACCAUCAAUACAUCCCUCUGGAAGUGUGCACACACCUGUAAACGUUUAGCUCUGAGGUUUAAUGUAGAUUUGAAAGCAAAUGGAGUUUGUUGUAACAUGACAGAGCAAAGAUUGCAAAAAUGAAAGACGUCCAGACAGAGUGACUGAUCAAUCCUCCAUUGUCAAUCUGAUCUGAGAAAUGACUUCAUUGACAGUCUGAUGCAGAUAAUAAUACAAUGUUGAUGGUGGAGCAAAAUAAUUUCCCAUUUUUAAAGGACCGACUGCAGUUGGACCAUCUGCUUGAGCCUCAUAAAACAGCAUUUCACCAAGUGUGGGUAAAAAUAUUCUAUUUUUGCUUAUGUGUCACACUUAACUUUUUCAGAUUAUCAAAAUUAUUUUAAACUGGAUUAACAUACUGUAUACAAAUAACAUAAUUAAAUGAUGAUUUCAUUAAUUAAUAAAACUAUCCAAACCAACCUGGCUCUAUGUGAAAAUCUAAUUGCUCCAUAGCUAGUUAUGGUGCCGCCACUGGCAGCAACAACCUCCACAGAGUCUGUAAAAUCACCAGAGAGAUUGAGGUCAACGCUCCUUUAAUUCAGAUAUGUUGCAGAGUUUUCCUGGGUGAAUUGUGUAAAUAUUACUGUAUUUGAGUUGGAUUCAUGUCCAUGGUUUGGCUAGUCCCCUCGAAAACUUCACCUGACAUUGUUACUUUGGAUCAUUGUUCUGCUGCAGAACCAAAGUGUAACUGAGCUUAAGGUCCGGUUCAGAUGGCUGGACAUUAUCCUUUAGGAUUUUCUGCUACAGAGGAAAAUCCAUUACUCCGUUAGUUAUGGCCUGUAGUUACGGUCGUGAAGAAUCAAAGUAGGCCUAGACCAUCACUCCACCACAGCUAUGUUUGACUGUAGGUUGGUUACAUUUUUGUGAUAUUGUUAGUUGUAUGACAGACGUAACAAGAUGAACAUCUUCCAAGACGAUCCACAUCUAUCUCAUCAGUCCAGAGAAACUUUUCUAAAAAGUCUUUGGGAUGAUCGAAACGUUUUUUGGUAACUGUGCAACAAGUUUUUGGCUCUGCACAUCCAGCAGCUUUUAGAUGGGCCUCCUUUUAAGCUAACCCAAAUAAACUGGGUCAUUAGCAGGAUUUUAUCAAACUAUUCUGUAUAAUGAAAAAGUAACUCAGUCUCUUGAUGCUUAUGUCACUGAUAAGUUAGAUAAAAAUCACAUCACUUUCAUGAUUCAACAAAGAACAGAUCAAAUAAGUUGCACUUGAACAUUAAUUCAUCUGUUGUAGCUUUGAUCUGCUGAAAUGAUCUCGUUUAAAGGGUUGGAUUCCUUUCAUCACCAAAUAUCAGACCAUAAAAAUAAAGUCACGUCUGUAAUUUCAUGUCAUUUAUGCAACUAUUUUUGUUUCUUUGCAUAAACAGACAACAAUAAACUGUUGAUUCCUGAAA